GCCGCACGUGUCUCCGCGGAACUGGGGUAGUUUUCAAGAGUUUGCAGAAAGCCACGUCUUCAGAUCUUACUGAGCCUCAGAGCGCAACAAAGGGAAGGAGAGCCCGGGCGUCCUGCGGUCGGAGCAGAGGCCGGGCAGCAGCCGAGACGCGCGUGGGACCCCCUGCCCCUCCCCGCGCCCGACGUGUCUCUCUCACCCUCUCUCUCCCUAGUCCUGGAAGAGAUGCAGGAGGUCGAGGCCGACUGCGCCGUAGCGUUCGCCGAAGCCCAAAGAUGGGUAGAGGAAGUAACCGAGAAGAAUUUUGAAACAAAGGAUUUUCGAGCCUCUCUGGAGAAUGGUGUUCUGCUGUGUGAUUUGAUUAAUAAGAUUAAACCUGGUGUCAUUAAGAAGAUCAAUAGACUCUCCACACCAAUUGCAGGUUUGGAUAAUAUAAACGUUUUCCUGAAAGCUUGUGAACAGAUUGGAUUGAAAGAAGCCCAGCUUUUCCACCCUGGGGAUCUACAGGAUUUAUCCAACCGAGUCACCGUCAAGCAAGAAGAGACUGACAGGAGAGUGAAAAAUGUUUUGAUAACAUUGUACUGGCUGGGAAGAAAAGCACAAAGUAAUCCCUACUAUAAUGGUCCAUAUCUUAAUUUGAGAGCAUUUGAGAAUCUUUUAGGACAAGCUCUGACCAAGGCUCUUGAAGACUCCAGCUGCCCAAAGAGAAGUGGCAGGGACAGUGGUUACGGUGACAUCUGGAGUGCUGAGCGGGGCGAAUUUCCUGUCCCUCCAGGCAACCACAAGAGAGAGGAUUCCUUUGAAAGCUUGGACUCGUUGGGGUCUAGGUCAUUCACCAGCUGCUCGUCUGAUAUCACACUGAGGGGGGGACGUGACGGUUGCGAAAGUGACACAGAUUCUGAAUUUACAUUCAAAAUGCAGGAUUUUAAUAAAGAUGAUAUGUCCUAUCGAAGGAUUUCAGCUAUUGAGCCAAAGUCCGCUUUGCCAUUCAAUCGCUUCCUACCCAACAAAAGCAGACAGCCAACCUACAUGCCGGCGCCCCUGCGGAAGAAGAAGCCGGACAAACAUGAGGACAACAGAAGGAGCUGGGCGAGCCCCGUCUACGCGGAAGCAGAUGGAGCGUUUCCAAGUAACGAGAGGAGGACUUGGGGCACAAACGUGGAGCACUGGCCAACAGUACAAGAAACGUCAGUCUCCUCUUGUUACUUGGAGGAGGAGGAAGAAAGGACAAGCAUACCCAACAUUGUAAAGGAUGAUCUUUAUGUGCGAAAGCUAAGUCCCAUCAUGCCAAACCCAGGGAAUGCUUUCGAUCAGUUUCUUCCCAAAUGUUGGAUCCCAGAAGAUGUGAACUGGAAAAGAAUAAAAAGGGAAACUUAUAGACCAUGGUAUAAAGAAUUUCAGGGAUUCAGGAAGAAUUCAGACUCUGAGGAUGAGGAUUCAGGCUCUGACAGAAGCUCUGCCAUCUUUAAUAGGAUACAAAAAGCAGAGCGUAGGCUAGACAGCAGCUGCCAAAGACGUUCACUCUUGAUGGAACUAGCUACCCACCGAGUCAGGAGCACGUGGGACACCCGUGCAGCCGGGAGAACCAGCGGUGCUUCGGAUGAGCCCAGUCAGUUUUUAUUACUUCAGGCCCUCCAAACGUAUUCCGAUGACAUCUUAUCUUCCGAAACAAAUGUCAAAAUCGAUCCCACUGCUGGCCCAAGGCUCAUAACACGCAGGAAGAAUGUCUCUUAUGCACCAGGGUCUAGAGGAGGUGACUCUGAGAUGUUAUUCCUUGAUCCUGACUUGGAGAAUGACGAUUUCUUUGUCAGAAAGACUGGGGCUUUCCAUGCCAAUCCAUAUGUUCUCCGGGCUUUCGAGGACUUCAGAAGGUUUUCUGAGCAUGAUGAUCCUGUAGAGAGAGAUAUAAUUCUGCAAUGCAGGGAAGGCGAACUUGUACUUCCAGAUCUAGAAAAAGAUGACAUGAUUGUUCGCCGAAUCCCAGCACAGAAGAAAGAGGUGCCUCUGUCGGGGGCCCCGGAUAGGUACCAGCCAGUCCCUUUCCCUGAGCCCUGGACUCUUCCUCCGGAAAUUCAAGCAAAAUUUCUCUGUGUACUUGAAAGGACGUGCCCCUCCACGGAACAAAGCAAUAGCUGUAGAGUAUUAGUUCCUUCGUAUCGGCGGAAGAAAGACGAUAUGCUCGCUCGUAAGAUCCAGGCUUGGAAGCUGGGGACGCCUUUGCCUCCCAUCCGUUUCACCCCUGGGCCCUGCAGUGAGGCGGACUUGCAGAAGUGGGAGGCCAUCCGGGAGGCCAGCAGGCUUAGGCACAAGAAACGGCUGAUGGUGGAGAGACUCUUUCAAAAGAUUUAUGGUGCCAAUGGGAGUAAGUCCAUGAGUGAUGUCAGCGCAGAGGACGUGCAGACCUGGCGUCAGCUGCGCUACGAGGAGAUGCAGAAAAUAAAAUCACAACUCAAAGAACAGGAUCAGAAAUGGCAGGAUGACCUUGCAAAAUGGAAAGAUCGUCGAAAAAGCUACACUUCAGAUUUGCAGAAGAAAAAAGAAGAAAGGGAAGAAAUUGAAAAGCAGGCACUUGAGAGGUCUGAGAGGAGCUCGAAGACAUUUGAGGAAAUGCUGCAGGACAGGGAAUCACGAAACCAAACAUCUGCGAUUACAUCGAGGAGCAGAAUGUAUUCUGAUGACGAUGUGUUGAAUGAAGACAAGCUUCGCCCGGCACUAACAAUGUCAGAGGCAAGUCCCCAGAGUGAGAGAGUAGAAGAGAAGAAAACAACUUUUCCUGCAGAAAUUCCUAAACACGAUCCUACGACUCUGGUGAAAUGGGAGGACACGCCCCCGGCUGAGGUUCAGCGUCCCCCGAAAAGCCCCGUGGAGGAGCAGCGCCCGGAGGAGCAGCGCCCGGCGCCUUUGUCUUCUCCGCGUCCGCUGAGCACACACGUGGAGUCGACUCGCAUUUCAGCCUCUCUCCCCAGAAGUUACCAGAAAACUGAUACAGCCAGGUUGACAUCUGUGGUCACACCGAGACCUUUUGGCUCUCAGUCAAGGGGAAUCUCAUCGCUCCCGAGAUCCUACACGAUGGAUGACGUUUGGAAGUAUAAUGGAGACGCAGACGGCGUUAAGAGAACUCAGUACAGUUCGGUCAGCACCUCUGUGCAGAAGUCUGACCUGGGCCAGCUUGCUUCCAGCUCCCUCAGUGAAAGAGAGACCUCGACGACGUCUGGAGAGGGUGUGAUGAGGUUGCCCUCUCCCUCCCCGCCCUUCUCAUCUCUUUCCCAGGACCAGGCCGCCACUUCUAACGCCACAUUGUCCUCAGCAUCGGGCCCCAAUUUAAUGUCUGAGCUUGGAGAAGGGAGAAGCUCACCACAGACAGAGGUCUCCAGAUCAAAGGAUCAGUUCAGCGAUAUGAGAAUCAGCAUAAACCAGACGCCUGGGAACGGUCUUGACUUUGGGUUUACAGUAAAAUGGGAUAUUUCCGGGAUCUUCGUAGCAUCAGUUAAAGCAGGUAGCCCAGCAGAAUUUUCUCAGCUACAGGUAGAUGAUGAAAUUAUUGCCAUUAACAGCACCAAGUUUUCAUAUAAGGACGAAAAAGAGUGGGAAGACACCAUGGCUAAUGCUCAAGAAACCGGACACCUAGUGAUGGAUAUCAGGCGCUAUGGAAAGUCUGAUUGGGGCAAAGACCAGCCUUCCCUGCCAUUCACACGGCAUAAAACCCUCAAUCUCACCAGUAUGGCUACCAAAAUUAUAGGUUCGCCCGAAACAAAGUGGAUUGAUGCGACCUCUGGAAUUUACAACUCAGACCGAUCUUCCAAUCUAUCAGUCACAACCGACUUCUCAGAAAGCCUUCAGAAUUCUAAUACUGAGUCCAAGGAAAUCAACGGAAUUCGUGAGGAAAGCAAUACUUUUGAACUACAAGGAAGCUCUGAUUCUGUGGUUCCUGAUCUCCCAGUUCCAACCAUCAGUGCCCCCAGUCGCUGGGCGUGGGACCAAGAGGAGGAGCGGAAGCGGCAGGAGCGGUGGCAGAAGGAGCAGGACCGCCUGCUGCAGGAAAAAUAUCAGCGUGAGCAGGAGAAACUAAGGGAAGAGUGGCAAAGGGCUCAGCAGGAGGCCGAGAGAGAGAAUUCCAAGUUCCUGAAUGAGGAGCUCAUGGUGCUGAACUCAAACAGCAUUUCUCUGACCCCACGGGAGCCCGCCAUGGCCACCUUGGAAGCCACCUGGAGUGAAGGGUCCAAGUCUCCCGACAGGGAAGGAACCCAAACAGGAGAAGAGGAGAGGCGACAGUGGCAAGAGGAAGAGGCCCAAAGAAAGCAGCUGCAGGAACAACUGGCUCUGGAGAGGGAGAGAGAGCUGAAGGAGCGGCAGUACCAGGAGGAGCAGGAGCAGAAGCGGCGUCAGGCGGAGGCUGAGGAGCAGAAGCGCCGUGUGGAGGAACAGCUGCGCCAGGCGGAGAGAGAGAGGGAAACAUCGGUCAGAAUAUACCAGUACAGAAGGCCCGUUGAUUCCUACGAUAUACCAAAGGGAGAGGAAGAAUCUUCGGGUCUGCUUCCUAGUGACAGGAAUAAAUCCAUAUCCACUACUGAGCUGGAUGGUCACCCUCCAAAUAAAAAUGGAAGCACUAAAUAUUUAGACCGAGUCGGGGGCAGCAGCUCACUACAGAGGAGCUCCAAGAAGGAGCCAGUCCCGUCGGAGGCAGAGCUGGAGAGGCAGCAGAUCCUCCAGGAGAUGAGGAAGCGGACGUCCCUGCACAACGACAACAGCUGGAUCCGGCAGCGCAGUGCCAGCGUCAAUAAGGAGCCCAUCUGUCUGCCUGGGAUCAUGAGGAGAGGUGAAUCUCUAGAUAACCUGGAGGCCCCCCGAUCCAGCUCCUGGAGACAGGCCCCUUGGCUCAGUCAGUCUGCAGGCGUCCAUGCGUCCUCCUCUGUCCAAGACUUCAGCCGCCCGCCGCCUCAGCUGCUGUCCACGUCCAACCGGGCCUACAUGCGAAACCCGUCCUCUGGCGUCCCCCCUCCUGCAGCUGGCCCUGUGAAGGCCGCCACGGCACCUUCCCCCACGCCGCGCAGCCAGGUGCCUGCAGGGGCGCCGUCGGGCUCCCAGCUGCGCAACAGGUCGGUCAGUGGGAAGCGCGUGUGCUCCUACUGCAAUAACAUUCUGGGCAAAGGAGCUGCCAUGAUCAUCGAGUCCCUGGGUCUGUGUUAUCAUUUGUACUGUUUUAAGUGUUCUGCCUGUGAGUGCGACCUCGGAGGCUCUUCCUCAGGAGCCGAAGUCAGAAUCAGAAACAACCAACUGUACUGCAACAACUGCUAUCUCAGAUUCAAAUCUGGACGGCCCACCGCCAUGUGAUGUAAGCCUCCAUGCGAAAGCACUGUUGCAGAUAGAAGAAGAGUUGGUUGCUGCUGAUGUAGAUCUAUAAAUACAUGUUGUAUGUCUUUUUUGCCCUCUCUUUUUAAAGAAAGAAUAACUCCCCCUUUUUUUUUGGUCUCUGUAGAUUACAUCGGAGCACUGUAGUCUUGGUAGAACCUGUAUUUUUGUUGUUGUUUAUUUAUAAGAAGGUAAUUAUGUGUGGGGGAAAAGUGCAGUAUUUACUUUUCUGAGUUCAGCAUCUUAAAAGCACAGGGGAAAAGAAGAGGCUGAUAAUGAUCUCGUUUGACUUUCUAGUGGUGUUUGGAAGAGGGUUAUUUUAUUGUUUUUUUUUUUAAAGGAUCUGAAACAUUAUUUGAAAUUGUUAAUAUAAAUAUAUAAUUGCAUACUCUCUGUUUCUUAUAAUGUAUGGUAAAUUAAUACAGAACCAUAUGGAAAAUUUCACUAGAAAGCACCCCCAAAUUUGCUUUCUGCAUCUUUCUUUUCAAGUAUAUACUAGGAUUUGGAAAAAAUUAGCUUAUAUAAAAUUUUAUUUGCUCGAUGAGGGGAGCUCUAUUUUCUUUGGAAUUGUCGCUAAGCCAUUCCCACUAGAAAGCUCCUGCUUUUCAUGAAUGAAAAAUCCUUAUAGUUUGUACACCAAGAGUUCUCUCCAGAAACUAGUGAGCCUUUCUGUUCCACUGCGUUUGUAAAUAAAAUUGCCGAUGCGUUUAA